GGUGGGCGGGGCCACUGCGGGUCUGCCUGGAGUCACAUGACCCGCGCGGAGCCAGGCUGACCAAUUCCAAUAUGGUGGCCAGCUUGGCAGGUCUACGGUUCCUGUUGAUGAUAUUGUUGUUCUGCGGGAUCAGGUACGGCGUCUGCAGCCAGAAAGCUCCGCCGGUUCUGGGGCUCAGACUGGAAGACCCGGCCGGUCUGGUGUGCAUGAAGGAUCGGAUCAUCUCUGCGCCGGAAGGAGCCACGUUCAAGCUCCGUCUCUUCGGGACUGAUCUGAAUGAAAGCUGGCCGUGGGUGGCGUUCGCAGGGGCAGCUGGCGGAGCCGCCGGGGCGGUCGGGGAUGCGCCCGACCCCUGCGAGGAGGAGUCCAACCGGCGUGAGUCCGCUUUCCAGGUGACGGGGAAGUUCACCCCGGAUGAGGACUUCAGCGGGCUGAUAGGGGUGCAGGUCCAGCGGAGGAGCGUCCCUGCUGGGGCAGCGGGCAGAGAGCGGACCUACCUUCACCACCUGUGCGUGCGGGUCGGAACGCGAUGGGCUUCCGCGGGCCCGGACAGGCUGCGCGUAAACACCGACAAGGGUCUCCCCGCAGACCACAUCCCGACGUGGGGUCUGGCGGUCCUGAUAGUCCUGCUGCUGCUGCUGUGCGGGCUGCUGAGGACCGUGAACCUGAGCCUGCUGUGGCUGGACCCCGUGGAGCUGUACGUCCUGCACAGCUGCGGGUCCGAGGAGGAGAAGCGGGCCGCCAAGCGCCUGGAGCCCAUCAGGAGGAGGGGGAACUUCCUGGCAUGCUCUCUGCUGUUCCUGGGUGUUUUGGGACACUCGGUCCUCGGGGUCCUCCUGUACCGGGCUCUGGGCUCCAUCGCCUCCGCAGUCUUCACCAGCGGCUUCCUCAUUUUCUUCCUGGCUGAGCUGGCCCCCCACAUCCUCUGCUCCGGGUACGGGUUCCAGUUGGCCCCGGGGCUCACCUGGCUGGCCCAGGUUUGCAUGGUGCUCACCUGCCCCCUGUCCUGCCCUCUGGGGCUGAUCCUGGACCUGGGGCUGAGGAGGGACAUCAGCACGUGCGGGAUAAGGGAGAGGGCGAUGGAGAUGAUCCGCACGAGUGUCAACGACCCCUACAGUGAGUUUGUGAAGGAGGAGUUCAGCCGCGGGAUGCUGCGCAGUAAGACUGUGGAGGACAUCCUGACCCCCCUGAAGGACUGCUUCAUGCUGCCCAGCUCGGCCGUGCUCGACUUCUCCACCAUGUCUGAGAUCAUGCAGUGCGGAUACACACGGGUGCCCAUUUACGAGGAGGAGAGAUCAAACAUCGUGGAAAUCAUUUAUGUGAAGGACUUGGCUCUGGUGGACCCGGACGACUGCACCCCCAUGACGACCAUCACCAAGUUCUACAACCACCCGCUGCACUUUGUGUUCAACGACACCAAACUAGACGCCAUGCUGGAGGAGUUCAAGAAAGGAAACUCUCACAUGGCGAUCGUUCAGAAGGUGAACAACGAGGGUGAGGGCGACCCGUUCUACGAGGUGCUGGGAUUGGUCACCUUAGAGGACGUCAUCGAGGAGAUCAUCAAAUCAGAGAUCCUGGAUGAAUCAGAUGGAUACUUGGACAGAAAAGUGAAGCGUCCGCUCGCUCAGCUGGAGAUCCCUCUGGAGCCUCGCAGCGUCCACGAGGAGUUCUCUCUCUUCAAGCCUCCGGAGGGAGAAGCCAAGAUCCAAACGUCACCACAACUCCUGCUGGCUACACACCGCUUCCUGUCCAGAGAGGUGGAGCACUUCAGCCCCGGUCGAGUCUCAGAGAAGGUCCUGUUCCACCUGCUCCGUCACCCCAGCGUCAACCAGGAGGUCCACUUUGACCCCAACAACCGUCUGAGCGCGGGUCACUACCUGUACACCAGAAACCACCCGGUGGAUUAUUUCAUCCUGCUGCUGCAGGGCCGUGUGGAGGUGGAGAUCGGCAAAGAGGGGCUGAAGUUUGAGAACGGGGCGUUUACGUACUACGGAGUGUCUGCUCUGACGCUGCCAUCUUCAGUGCAUCAGUCUCCGGUGUCGACCCAGCGUCACUCUCCCAGGGAUCCCUUUGAGGCGGCAGAAGCUACGAGCCCGUCCAGCUAUUGUCCUGACUACACCGUCCGAGCGCUCACCGACCUGCAGCUCAUACGGGUGACUCGUCUUCAGUAUUUGAACGCUCUCAUGGCGUCGCGGGUCGGCCAGAGUCCCGAUCCUCCUGAGAUUAAGAUCCUGCCCAACAGUCAGACCAAGCUGCUCAACGACAGGAACACCACACAAGGUGGCAGCAAAGCCGCGGAGAGCUCCACAGAAGAGGAGGCUCAUGGGUAGUGCGGUUCUGUCUGCCUCCCCCCCCCUUUUUACGCCCACUCAAGUGUUUAGGUAUUUAUGUUUGUUUUAGUUUUUAUUGAUGAAUCAUUUAUGGCUGGAUCGUUAUUGGGUUAUUGGACAAAACUGGAGUGACAGCGAUUUUAAUUUGUCUGUUAUUUAGAUCCCCUGCUCACGCCUCUCAUCCUCCUAACACCCCCCCCCCCCCCCUCCCUUCCAUUCCUUCUGUGCAUUUCACUCAAACUAUUAUUUGAUGUUGUUUUAUACACUAUGGACUAUGUGUAUAUUAUAUAUAUAUAUAAAUGCAUUUUAUUUUGGGGCGUUGCCUUUCCUCCAAGUUUCGCCUUUUGUAUUAAACUGCAUUGCCAUUCCUCAUUUUUGCCUGUCUGGGUGCCAAAGCUAUCUUAUAUGUGUGUGUGUGUGUGUGUGUGUGUUGUCUGUGUGUACUGAAGCAUCCGUCCGUUUAGGAUACUAAAAAAACACACAAGCUGGCCAAAACUACAAGCAGGUUUUGCACGACGCACAUUAAGCUACCUGAGAAAGCUGUAAGGUACGUCCAUAUUUUUAUGCCCUCGCACAUUCAUUCCUGUCAGACGUACCGUUGAGUUUUCAAGAGCCCCAAAAAAAACAACAACUUUAAUUUCAAAUUUCACCUCUCAAGCUGAUGGUCCAACUCAAUACGAUUGCCAGUUUCGUUACCGCGGCAACAUUAAUAGAAGUCCCAGCCACCCAAUAUUGGGGAAUGUUAUUUAAUGACCUAAAAAAGUGCAAGAAAACUCCUGCAAACUGUCUAAAUUACACAAAUUUAGACGCUCACAGCUUUGGGGUAAAUAUGACUGAAGAUCUGUAGUUCCUCUGAUACCUAAGAUGGUUAAAAAAAACUGAGAUUGUGUCGUUUUAAAACACAAAUGUCAUCGAAAAGUAUCAAAGCAUCUGACUUUAAGACAGCUAUAGCAGCACAAAGAGAGAGAGUUUUUAUUCUUAUGUUAACAAAAGCUUAAAAAUGUUCUUAAAUCUAAAAGAAGCUAUGCCUGACGGAUUCGUUGGGUAGCCAAUAUGAAUAUUAACGGUCCAAUAUGGGCCAAGUGCGGCCAUAUAAUAUCUUUAAUAUGUUUCAGAUACAUGCCAAUAUGGAUAUGGAGAGAAAUGUUUCGGCCAAAAAAAAAGAAAUGGUGUCAAAAAUUUCUCAAAUAUCCCAUUUUGGUGGCGAUGGAGAAAUAAGUUGAUGGUUUAGUUUUGAUUUUCAAACUUCAGUGCUUGAAUUUGUGAUAUUUGCUCCUGAUUUAAAAGUUUUUUCAAGAAAGAAAAUAUGAUCCAUGUAGAAACAGUUUCUUCUUGUACAUUUUAGAUUUCCUCAAAGUGAGGUAUGAGAAAAAGGAUCAAUUCAAUAUUUUUUUUACCAAAACUAAGGUUUGGUAUCCGCACGAGUAUUUACAAAAAAGUUCAAAAGCCUCACUGCUUAGACCCGUCUGAAGUUUGCUGCCAGAAAUGAAAUAAUUUUCAAUAUAUUUGAUCCGUUUUUUGUUAUUUUUCAUGCACACAGUGCCAUUGAUCCGCCUGUUUAGCUUCUCACAUUUGCACAUUUCCUGCCGUUUGAAAUUCUUUGCGAUUGGAUCUGUUCAUUUGCCAAAAUAAUCAAUCAAAUGUUCACACCUUCCCACUUUUUACGGAAGGAGAACGAUUAUACUUGCAGCUUCAUAUCGUAUUUUAUUGAGAUACCUAAAGGCUAAAACUGAAGAUAUCAGAAAAUGCGGACAAAUCAUUUUGAUAAAAAAAAAAAAAGAUUAACCUCGUUUUGGUCAUUCUUGUGAUGUCUUUUGACGUUUGAGGAAAGCCUUAAGUAGCCUCUGAAGUACACAUAGAAAAAUCACUUCAUAACUUAACCUGCAGAGGGCGCUGUUAAUCUGAAAACGGCGUUGAUGUCUUUGUGCAUUAUUUAAAAUCCUGAAACUGGAAGUGAGAUUAAUUGAAAAAGAUGCAUGUUGGAUUCAGCAGAGCACCUUCUGCAGUUAAAUAUCCAUCUGUCUGCACGUUGUCUCUGUUGUUAAAUGUCUUUUUUGUAGACAUUCCUGUAUCCCAUCUGUCUGUCUCUGAAUGUGUGAGUGUGUGUGAGUGUGAUAAAUAAUAUUUCAGAAACUACAUGUCAACUAGCAAGCAUUCAAUUUCCGCCUGAACUUCAUUACCCAUGUUGUAUGCUGAUAUGUUACCAUGCAUAAGAAGCGUCUGUCAGUCAUUGCUGCAUGUUAGUGAACAUGUGAAAUAUGUCAGAAGCGGCUUCUAAAUAACCCACAGUGUGUCGCCUGUAUUUGAUGCGGAGGAAAUAAUGAGGUUGACUUUCUACAUUUAUUUUUUCCAAGUCUAUUUUAAAGGAUCAAUCUGUAAGAUAUCUACUGAACUAAAUGAUAAAGUGAGCUUACUAUCUGAUCAGACAUUAAGGAAACAUGCUAUGUUGAAGUGCUGGCUUCUCUGACAACAAUGCAGCAGCCAGUAUGUCCUCCUUCUAACUUUAGAUUCUGCUCCUGAAUGCUCUGGAUUUGUUUGGACCAGAGAAGGUAGGCGCUUUUAAGGCGACCCCCCCCACACCUUGGCCGUUUUGGACGCCCCUCGUUUGCCAGAUAUGAGAGCAGUUAUCAGGUCAACAGGUGUUGCAGUGAUGGAAGCGGGUCAAGAGAAGUGGUUCAGAUAGAAGUGAUUGUACCCGACCUAAAAAGCCUCUGCAUGUUUCUAAUAAGCUCCACGAGCAGAAACGUGCUCAAACUAGGAUCAAUAUUGGAGAUGCUUUUGAAAAAUGGAGAGAGGUUAGAACACAGAAAGGUUUACAGACCCAUGCAGAGCUGGAUAAACACUGAAGCUUCAGAGUCCACCACAUGGUGACCUGUGUGAGCAUCGACUCUAGAGAGGAGGGGGGGGGGGGGAGACAGCUCUCUAUGAUGUUUUGAAUUUAGACUGCAGUACCCAUUUUAAACACUAGGUGUCAGAGUUACAUACUGCGCCUUUAAUGCAAUCCUCGCAUGCUUGUAUGAUGAACAAGUUUUGUGUGUCAAAUAUUGAAGCACCUGUUGGGUUGUUUAGGAGUCGAUGUCACGUCACUUCCUGUAUCUUUUACAUUUCCACGUUUUGUGUUUGAGUCCUUCGUUGUUGUCCCUCUCGCGAAUAUCGCCAUUUCCCAGGAGAAAUCUUUGACCAUGUGAUACUGAGUAAAUAUUUUCUGUUGUUUACUUCCUACUUUGUUCUGUUGUGCUAAAAUAAUUCCUCUGGUAUCUGAAGACUGAAUGUAUAAAAGAUAAUCAUAACUUUGUGCUAUGCUGAUUGAGAGAAAAUGACGAGGAGAGCUGUGUAUUAAUAUAUGACUGAAAGUUUUUAGGUAAUCGGUCUCAGUUUUCAGGUCCAAACACACUGUUACUAUAAAUAAGGGUUAUUAAAAACAGUGACUGAA